GCAUCGAAGAGGCUCAGUGUAAGAGAGGCGUCGGUGGAGGACGCAGUGGUGACGAACUCUUUCGAGAAGUGAGAAGAGAAGAGCGUGUGCGCGAGGGAGGAGAAUCGAGGGAGACAGAGAGAGAAAGAGACGUAAGAGGGGAGGGGAGGCGCACACCGACGUCCGAACGAUCUCUCACGAACGAACGAUCGACUGAAAUUACUUUUUCUUGCAUUAACCCCUACGUCCUUUUUUUCGUAACCCCCACGAAAACGAGUUCGCUCGUUCUUUUCCUUCGACCCCUCUUCCCUUCCCCACCAUAAAACUUACCUUCCCUCCCUUUUUCUUUUAUUAUUAUUUUUUUUUCUUCGACGACGAAACGAAUAACUGAACGAAAUAACCGAUACCUCGAGCUAUGGCAGCCACCGCCAUGGAUCCAGUCGACAUUGCAAAUAUCCUCGCGCAGGAACUGCUUUACCAGCAGCUCGUUUCCCUGGACGGACUGCACAGCGGAGUGCCGACCAGGACGACGCCGACGUUGACGCCGACGACGCUCCGUAGCAUCGAGCAGACGUUUCUAGAGCUGACCAGCGAGUCAGCGUCGCAUAGUCGCGAGGCAGGGUUCGUCCCGCCUUUGGUGGAACCCUCGCAGCCGACGCCGGCACAAACGCAAAAUACGACGGCGCACCACGUUGUUACCACCACCGCCGCCGCCCCCGUGGCAACCAACACCACCCUCGUGGAGAGCCAACAGACUCGGCCACAGCUGCCGGCGAGGCGCAACAUGGGCGGUAGACGGCCCACCAGGACGAUUGGCAUGACUCCCGAGGAGGAGGAACGACGACAGAUCCGCAGGGAGAGAAAUAAAAUGGCAGCGGCCAGAUGUCGCAAGCGAAGAAUGGAUCAUACCAAUGCCCUGUUAGAAGAGACUGAGGGUUUGGAACAAAAGAAACAGUGCUUGCAAGAAGAGAUCCACCAGCUGCAACAGGCCAAAGACGAGCUCGAGUUCAUCCUGGAGGCUCAUAUGGCCGCUUGUCGACUUCGUUCCGAUUCACCUCCGGACGUGAAACCUGUGAUAAAGCCAGAGCUUCCGACGGAGGAUAAAUUCGUCGCGGCGGCCGCUCAAUUCGCCGUGGAUGCAGCCGCGGCAGACACGACGAAACGCGACACGUUGAACGCCGCGACGAGACCAAACAGACCGAACUCGUUGCCGGUCGGUUUCGACAAUAACAAUCGACCGAACUCCUUGUCGAUCUUCAGCGAACCGAAAGAGAGGCCGGACACGCUCACGUUCAAAACGGUCGAGACGCCGUCUUUCAUGAAACCGUCGCUAGAUGUCGCCGGUAUGCCUAUCACAACGCCGACAAGUGGCAUACCGUUUAACUUCGAAUCGUUAAUGGAGGGCGGAACCGGCCUCACGCCCGUCUCCACACCCUUGAUACCAUCCUGUUCAACGCAACAAAGAAACAACCUGUCAGCCGUCGAUCUCAGCUCUCCGGAUGCGAAUCCACCGAAAUUAGUGAGUUUGUGACGCCAAGAUGAUCUCGAGUACGGAUCGAACGAGGACGAUCCCGAAUGAGAAAAUAAAAUCGCCACGUCGCCAUGUUUGAUUUAAAAAAGCAAUCGAUGAUGGGAAGCUGUGUACAGAGGACACGAGGAACCAUGACGAAGAGAGAAGAGAUGAAGAGAAAAAGGAUCGAUGGUUGAGAAUUCUUUUCUUUCGCAAAACACACACACAAAUACACACACACUACAUCACCGGAGAGAUAGAGAGUUGUUGUUUUACUACGGUUGUCAUUGAGAUCGACACGUGUGUUCGUUGGGCAGUAUUAUAACUAUACAUAUAUUUGGGAGAAAAAAGAAAUAUCUUUUACAACGAAUUUGUCAUUUCUCUUCUUGAUCGUUUAGAGUCUUUUUUUGAAAAAGAGACAAAACAGAGCGAACGCGUGUAGUUCGAACGUUUCAUUGGAUUUUUAAAUGGAAAAAUAGGCGUGUACACACAGAUACACACGCGUUCGAUUGCAUUUCCGACGGUGUUUGAAGAUGAAUUUUGUUUGUAACAAUAGAGUCGAGGGGUCUCGUCGCGUUUUUGAGGCCCUCGAGGACACUCGUUUGUA